GAAAAAAAUUUGGACUCGUAUUUUUAAAGUACUGAAAAAUCGCCUGGAAGUAGUUGUUAAUACUUUGUUCGUAGCAAACCUCUUGCCUAUCAAAGUCUCAAAGUGCACUAUUGUGUAGAGACUGAUUAAAAAUACGAGAAUUUUCAAGUAAAUUUGGUAUUUCACCAUACGAGUCAAUUCGUGAAAAUCAUUAUCGAAAAAAUAGUCAAAGAAGGUGUCACAUGCAAGAUUAAAUUGCACCAAAUCGACGAUACUUUGUACCCAUUUUUGAAAUUUGAGUUGCUGCAUGAAAGGACAAAGCCAAUAACGUCGCGAUAACGAUUUUUCACAUUGUUUUUGCAAUAACAGAAGAAAAAACAAGGAUUACAGGUGGUGAGAUAUUUCGCCAGCGGGGCCCUUUGACUGGUGGGCAACCUGGCUACAGCAAACAAAAUUUGUUGUUAGAAUUAUCUUGGUUAAGUGAAUUGAACGGUGAGCCACCGUGGACUUGCUGAUACGUUGGGAGCUGCCUCUUUAUUUGGUUUCUCAUCAAAAGAAUAUUUUCGAUUAGCAUUCGCUUCAUAGCAAAUUUUUAUUACCUUAAUUACUUUAACUCCUGGAAACAUGAAGUUAAUUCCCAAGGACGAUGACAUCAACUACGUUGUAGAGGAAAAAGCUGAUGUCUGGAAGAUAAUUCAGGAAUUGUGUCAACAUGGACCUCAUGACAAUCCCUUUUACAUUAUGAGUCUCGAUGAUCUUGUUUUCAAGUUCAAUCUUUGGAUGUCGAAGAUGCCACGAGUAAAGCCGCAUUAUGCUGUCAAGUGUAACGACACCAGUAUCGUGCUCGCGACACUUGCUGCGCUCGGUUGUGGCUUUGAUUGUGCCUCCAAAAUGGAAAUUGCCAAGGUUUUGGACUUGGGCGUUCAUCCCGACCGCAUAAUUUUCGCUAAUCCGACUAAACCGAGCUCCCACAUUCGUCACGCUGCCAAGGAAAAUGUCCAGACAAUGACGUUUGAUUCGGAGAUUGAAUUGAGCAAGAUUAAGCUGUACUAUCCCGAUGCAAAACUGGUUUUGCGCAUCCGGUGUGAUGCAGAGCGCUCGCAAUGUCCCUUGGGCAAGAAGUUUGGAUGUGAUCCGUUCACUGAAGCACCAUCGAUCAUCGAGGCAGCGCAACGAAUGGGUUUGGAUGUCAUCGGCAUCAGCUUCCACGUAGGUUCCGGAUGCUCUGACUAUCCCAUCUACUACAAAGCCAUAAAAAUUGCCAGAGACUUGUUUGAUUUUGCGCUCACUCUUGGCUACGAAUUCAAACUUUUGGACAUUGGUGGUGGCUUUCCUGGCGACAACAAUAAAAUCUAUCAAAUUGACGAGGUGGCACAGUACGUCAAUUCGGCCAUCGAUGAGUUCUUCCCGAAGGAUUGUGGCGUCGAGAUUAUCUCGGAACCAGGAAGAUUCUUUGUUGCCUCUGCCUACACAUUGGUAACGAACAUACAUUCCAAAAAGGCAGUAAUUUCUGAGGUAACUGGCAAGACUCACAUGAUGUACUACAUCAACGAUGGUGUCUACGGGAGCUUCAAUUGUCAAUUGUACGAUCACCAGAAAUGCGUACCGCUCUUGUUGAAGGAUCAAGUCAAAAAGGCGAAGAAACUUACGUACCCUUCGAUCAUUUGGGGACCAACUUGCGAUGCAUUGGACCAAAUCACCAAUGAAAUUGAACUUCCAAACAUGAACAUUGGUGAUUAUGUGGUAUUCGAGAAUAUGGGAGCCUACACCAUGUGCUGUGCUAGUGCUUUUAAUGGUUUUCCAGUACCGACCUCGCAUGUUUAUGUCGGCCAGUCUACUUUGGAAAUGUUAGAGCCACUCUUGCCAGCUGACAGCCCAUACUUGAGUUUGAUUGCUGAAAGUAUUAAACAACGUGGAAAACAACAACAAGCAUGAAGCCAUGCCAUUCAUCACAGUAAAGUCAUGAUUCCAUCUGAAAAAGUACACAAUAUUAUUUUAAGUUGACGAUCCUUUUAUUUAAUUUAUUAUCUAGAAAGAUUUCACAACUAGCCAUUUUUAUUCGUUCUUUGCGAUUUUACAAUGUGAAACAAUUUAUACAUUUUGUUUGAUUCGAUUAAAUAAAGGGGCAGCCCAUCAUUAUACUAGCAUAACAAAAUAUUUUUUUUUAAUUU